CCCCAAAAAUUCGAAAAAGUGCGACGCUGCUGCUGAAUUCUUCAGCACCCCCCCCCCCACCAAAUCCCCGUUUCCUCUCUCCCCGUCAAUUUUGAUUAAAUUUAAACAUUUGGUAUUUGAAUCACAAAAAAACUUCCAAUCCGGAGGUUAAAUUUUGAUGGUUUAGUUGUAAAAUUCAACAAAUAAAAGUGCAAAUGUAGGAUUAUUCAUGCUUAACUUGGAUGCUUUAUUUUCAAUUUUAAACGAAUUUAAGAAAGCGUUUCCAAACUUCACAAAUGUUGAGCAACAACUUCUCCACCAGCUCUUUAUUCAGGUAUCUUUCCUUGCACUUGUGCUGUGCAUAUAAGGUGGUUACUUCUUUGCAUGCUAAUAUAGAGGAUGAGUUUGAGUCUUUGUUCCUUGAAACACAGGUUGGAAAGAUUCUUGAUAUGGAGGAGCAACUUGUUGAAGAACAAAGUCUUGAUCCUCUGUUUUCAGAUAAAUUGGAAGCCUCAAUUGGUUCAAGAUUUGUUUCUAGGGUGUUUCUGCUUUAUUCUUUUUCUAAGAGAGCCUCAUCGAUGGAUGUGGCAUGGAAUUUUUUAACAGUGAAGGAGACUGAGAUCCAGUUCCUAAGAGCUAUGCUAGAAAAGGCUGAAGAAAAAAUGCUUCUUGUCCAAGCUCGUAUUAAUCAACUUAAGAAAGGAACAGCAGAAGUGUUGGGGUCAACAGAUGUUGUUGAGAAGUUAAGAGGCAGCAUUUCAAGUUAUCAAACAUGAGAGAGGAAGUUUUAUGGUCCAUUCUCAGCAGCCAGUGUAGUAAUAAAUACAAUAUCUUAAA